AUGGAUAUCGCAACAUUGACAGCUAGAGCUACAGGCUUCGGUGGCCAACAACUUCUGACAUUACCUGAUGGGGCCUCUCUUAGCUUGAAAGAUGGUUAUAUUCCACUUCUUACAGAUUUCACAUUUGAGGAUAAGGCUGCCAAAGGUCUCCGAAAACGCUCGGCCAGGGAUAAGCCCGAGCCCCCCGUCUUCUUCUCCGCACUGGAAGUAGUGCGCGAUAAUCGGAUUCUUUUCCUGGCGGGUCCUAGUGGAAGUGGUAAAACUACUUUUGCAAGACAUCUUUGCUUUCAGUUGGCAAGUUCAAGUGAAAAAAAAUCUCGUUUAAUCGCUCGCAAUGAUUUUGGAUAUAUUCUUGAGGAAAGAUGGAGUGCCGCCACAGUUAUUCCCUGUUAUUUCGGCAUUCAAGAGACUUCUGACACCCUGCGAGAUUUGGUUAUUACGGCAACAACUAGCCUCUCACAAUCAUUAGCCAAGGCAGAAGAGCUAUUGAUUGUGGUUGAUUCAAUCGAGAAUGCAGGGGAUGAGGCACCUGUUCUACUGGAGCAGCUCAUCGCUCUCGCUGAAGGCCUUUCUUACAUCCGACUCCUCGUCCUGAGCGACAUAAAUAUUUCGCGAGUUUGGGCACUCCCGUCUGGAAUUUCUCGUCAUAACCUGCUUCCCCUUCUAGAAACCCAGAGAAAGGAAUCAAUCGCUGGACUCUUUGGGGUGAAAGCAUCAUCGGUUACUGUUGCGAUUGGAACCGCAGCAUCGAAUCCAGCUAUCUUCGCAAUUGCACUUCAAGUAAAAGAACUAGGCGAGAAUGCGGAAGAAGUUGUUGAUUCAUGGCUUUCUGCUUUCACAACAUCCGCAGCCGCCGCAGACAAGCUUUCAAGAGAUAUUUUUGAACGGAUGAUCAGCAACAAUGCCCCAGAUAUCCAGGGUGGCAUGUCAGUUAUACAGCCCAAACACCAUCUAUUGACUGUUCGUGCCAUCCAAAACGUACUGGCUGCUCGGCACUUGGCUAUGCUUUCUGUGGAAUUGACAGCGGAUUUCUAUCAAAUCAACCCCCUAGCAGUCGAGCCGGUCAUGAAGAGUGUUAUCAAUCGACUCUCGGCCUCCUCUAGAAACAAGACCAAUGACCUUGCGAAAGCCCUCAUCCGAGAUAACAGGCCUCAAGCCCAGCGCGGUGCCCUACUUCUAUCAGGCCUUACAACAGAAUCUAGAUUUCUAAAGUCGGAAAUAUCAACUCAUUUGCUCGCAAUAAUUAAAAACGCAACACUAUCAAUCGGUGAGCGCCAAAGCGCGGGUAGAUUCCUCUCACGCCUCGGCGACCCACGAAACUAUGCAGCCCUCGCCUAUAUACCAGCAGGGACAUUCAUCUUCGGCUCGAACAGUCAUCCGAACUCUCAACCUGAGUCAAGCUUGACACUGCCCAGCUUCAGAAUCGGCAUCUACCCCGUUGUUAACCAGGAAUAUACAACAUUCGUGCAAGAGACUGGUCGACACUGGCCCAGUCCCGAUGGGCUCGAUCCUGAACGUCGAAAUGCCCCAGCAACAGAUCUGACCUGGCAUGAUGCAAGGGCUUACUGUGUCUGGCUAACAGAUCGUUGGAGGGUAGAUGGAACUAUAAGUUCGACAGAACUUGUCCGUCUUCCUACAGAACCGGAAUGGGAGCGUGCUGCAACCGGGGAUAUAAAAAGCUCCUCCAACUCGGCUUCUCCAACAGGGACAGACCCAAUUUAUCCCUGGGAAACUGCCUGGCUGAAAAACGCAGCGAACUCUGAGGAAACAGGUCUCAAUACUACCUGUACAGUUGGCCUUUUCCCAUCCGGUCGAUCCCCCCUAUGGAUGCUACGACAUGGCUGGGAAUGUGUGGGAGUGGUGUACCACGCUGUGGGGCGAGAACAUGAAUACGCCAUCGUUCCAAUAUCCGUGGCGAGAGGAUGA